AGAUUACCAAUGCUUGGAACAAAGACCGUCUCUGCAUUGAUAAGAAAUUAGAUAUCUCGGAGAGGGUAAAGAAGAAAAUGGGAAGUACAGUAAGCAAAAAAAGGAAGAAUAACCGAUGCUCGGCAGUUAACAAGAAGGUAUCGGAUACUUCAACAAGAUCAAAAACAUCAAUAGUAUCAAAAACAUCAAAGGCAUCGCAAACCUCAAAUUGUUCUUCCCACGAUGUCAAAUCAUCUAAUUCGUGCAACAAAGGAAAGAAAUGUUCUGAAUGCAAGGCUAGCAGGAAUAGUUGCGACUAUUACACAAUUGAGCAACCUGUUGACCUUUCUAAAGGUUCUAAUAAUUCAAGAUGCAUGUCGAAAUCUUAUCAGUCAUGUCCAGAUAAAAGCCCAACAUGUACUCGGAGUGAAAUGAAGGAAACAAAGGUUUCAGAAGAAGAGGAGGCAUGUCCCUGUAAUUGUGGUUUCUAUCAAGAAGGAGAAAUUGCAGUUUUUCCCUGCGGAUGCGAUCCACAAGCCGAAUCUCUAAAAAAUGAAAAAAAAGAAGCCACCUCAAAAUCAUCUUUACAAAAGCCAAUUGUUACCGAUUGUGGCGGUCAAGGAGGAAACUCUUCGCACAAAGUUGCAAGCAAUUGUAUCGAAUCUACAAAAUCAUCCUCGAGUACUAACAGGCAACCUUUGAAAAACAUUCUUACCAAUACAAACGAACAAACGGAAUCCCAGAAAACAGUCGACAAAUUGCAAAAAGACAUGUCCUCCGUGCAGAAGAAAAGCGAGGCUCUCCAAAAAUUGAUCGAAAAUUGCUGCUGCGCUGAAAAUCCGAUUUUUCCACAUAAAUCGGCCUCGUCCUCUCCGAUUAAAGCCACACAUUCAGGCUUGACAGCUGCGAUCAAGUUUCUGCAAGCUAAGUGCCGCACCAAGGAUGGCAUGAUCGCUAUUUUGGCUCAGGAAUUGAGAAAUUCAAUCAGAUGCAAAGUGCUCCGAGCUUAA